CACCCAUUGCCACUGGUCAUGUCACUCUGACUCUCACUCAACUACCGUUACAUAUAUCUUGACGUGUCGUCGACAUCUCCGUUGUUGCUGUCCACCUUACAACCUGACAAACACCAACAGUCAUAUCAACUUGCCUUGACCAUCACCUCACCUCACCUCUGUUCGUCACGCUCACGACAUCUACUCACGACAUCUUUAAGGACCACACUCAGCACCGUUCUUUUCUCACAUCGAGCGAAGUCAACGACAUCUUGUAGUCAACUCCAACACUUGCUUACCCUCGAGCGCUUGCCAAACAAAGACGACGGUCCGAGUGGCCGAACUUUGUCCUGAUCGACCGUGUCAUUCCUGACCAAUUGGUGUCAUGGCACCAUCAAAUGCACACGAUGGCACAGCUUCCACAGCGUUCCCAAUAAGACAACUACUAGUCUUGGGCAUCUGUCGGAUAUGUGAGCCAAUUGCAUUUAUGUCGAUUUUUCCUUAUGUCUACUUCAUGAUCGAGUCCUUCCACAUCACUUCCGACGCCAACCGGAUAGCUCUAUUCGCAGGCCUGGUCACUUCCGUCUUUGCGGCUGCAGAAUGCGUCGGCGCUGGAUUUUGGGGCAACCUCAGUGACCGCAUUGGACGCAAGCCGGUCUUGCUCACUGGACUCGCUGGAACUGGUGUCAGCAUGAUCAUUUUCGGAUUCGCGCCCAAUUUGGCGGUCGCACUCUUCGCUCGUGCGCUUGGCGGCGCCUUGAACGGCAACAUUGGCGUCUUGCAGACGACCGUCAACGAGGUCGUCAAGGUCAAGGCACAUCAAGCGCGCGCUUUCGCUGUCAUGCCGACAGUGUGGUGUUUGGGUUCUUUCAUUGGCUCUGGUCUGGGAGGCGCGUUGGCCGACCCUGUUCGAAACUACCCUUCGACUUUCCAACCUGGAACCAUUUUCGACAAAUUCCCUUAUUUGCUGACUAAUCUGGUUUGCACCGGCGUGGUCGUUUUCUGCUUGAUCGUCGGAUUCCUUUUCAUGGAAGAAACGCAUGAAGACAAGAAGGAUCGCCGAGAUCUGGGACUCGAAAUCGGCGAUUCGAUCAUCCGAUGCUUCUACAAGGACUACCGCCGAGAUGGCCUGUCGAACGAAAAAGAUCAGUCUCUCCUGGCGGACGAGAUGGCCGAGUCUGCAAGUGAGACUUUCCCGUUGACGGACGAUGAUCUCCCUGAUUACACAAGCAAUGCGCCUUCACCAGCUCUACCUGCAUACAGGUCACUCGAAGCGACGCCACGGCCUUCGCUUAUGCUGCUCGAAUCGAAGAACGACAAGAUCGAUGUCGAGGAAGCGCUCAGCAGAGCCGAGCAGCUCGUCAAGGCGAAAAGGGGGGUUUCCAGAGCCUUCACGAAGCAGGUGAUGCUGAACAUCCUCGGGUUCGGCAUUCUGGCAUUCCACACUAUCUCAGCCGAGCAGCUUCUCCCUGUGCUCCUGAGUCUCCCGAAAUCAGAUAUUCCAUCACACCUGCCAUUCCAAUUUAUGGGCGGUUUCGCUCUGCCAACAAAGACCAUCGGCGGCAUCCUCUCAGUCCAAGGAAUCAUCCAGAUGGUCAUUACCAUUGUCGUCUUCCCCUGGGUCAACAAGCGAAUCGGCAGUCUCUGGUCCUACCGAUGCGCGGUCCUAUUUUACCCUUUCCUCUACUUCGUGGUGCCCUACGUCACGCUCUUGCCCGAUGCGCUCAAGCUUCCUGCUGUCUACAUCCUCUUGAUCUGGAAGGUGACUUCGCAGGCCUUUGCUUUUCCCUCCAGCAGUAUCAUGCUGGCAAAUGCGGCGCCUUCCAGCAAGGUCUUGGGCACACUGAAUGGCGCAGCCGGAGCUGCAGCUAGUGGCGCGCGAGCUAUUGGACCGACACUUUCAGGUCUCGUGCAAUCCGCCGGUUUGUCAAUCAACACUCUUGGCCUCCCCUGGUGGGUGAAUGCAAUGGUCGCUGUGGCUGGCGCCAUCGUCAGUCUGUUCAUGCGAUGA